GAUUGCUGUGCAGUCAGCUUUGAACACCUGACCCCUCCCCCACAGCUUUCUUUCACGUUAAUUACAAAAAUUCAAAGCAAAAUCCUUAAAAAUAUAUGUAAUUUCAUUUAAUUGUAGUCACAGAUCAACGUCUUCAAAAUGACGAGGAUUUUGACAGCUUGCAAAGUGGUGAAGACCCUGAGGGCUGGGUUUGGCUUUACCAAUAUGACAACACACCAUCAAUGGAAAUUUUCAAAACCUGGCGUCAGGCUUCUUUCUGUCAAGGCACAGACAGCACACAUUGUCCUGGAAGAUGGAACUAAAAUGAAAGGUUACUCCUUUGGCCAUCCAUCCUCUGUUUCUGGUGAAGUGGUUUUUAAUACUGGCCUGGGAGGGUACCCAGAAGCUAUAACUGAUCCUGCCUACAAAGGACAGAUUCUUACCAUGGCCAAUCCCAUUAUCGGAAAUGGCGGAGGCCCUGACACUGCAGCCCUGGAUGAGCUUGGACUGAGCAAAUAUAUGGAGUCUGAUGGAAUAAAGGUUGCAGGACUGUUGGUACUGAAUUACAGUAAUGACUACCAUCACUGGCUGGCUACCAAGAGUCUCGGGCAAUGGCUACAGGAAGAAAAGGUUCCUGCAAUUUAUGGAGUGGAUACAAGAAUGCUGACUAAAAUAAUUCGGGACAAGGGCACUAUGCUUGGGAAGAUUGAAUUUGAAGGUCAGCCUGUGGAUUUUGUGGAUCCCAACAAGAAGAAUUUGAUUGCUGAGGUUUCAACCAAGGAGGUCAAGGUGUUUGGUAAAGGAAAUCCUACAAAAGUGGUGGCUGUGGACUGUGGGAUAAAGAACAAUGUCAUUCGACUUCUAGUCAAGCGAGGUGCUGAAGUGCACUUGGUUCCCUGGAAUCAUGAUUUCACCAAGAUGGAGUAUGAUGGACUUAUAAUUGCUGGAGGUCCUGGGAACCCAGCUCUUGCACAACCACUAAUCCAGAAUGUCAAAAAGAUUUUAGAGAGUGAUCGGCAGGAACCACUGUUUGGAAUCAGUACAGGAAAUUUAAUAACAGGCUUGGCUGCUGGUGCCCAAACAUACAAAAUGCCCAUGGCCAACAGAGGGCAGAAUCAGCCUGUUUUGAAUGUCACAAACAGACAGGCUUUUAUUACUGCCCAGAAUCAUGGAUAUGCUUUGGACAACACCCUCCCUGCUGGCUGGAAACCACUUUUUGUGAAUGUCAAUGAUCAAACAAAUGAGGGGAUUAUGCAUGAGAGCAAACCAUUCUUUGGUGUGCAGUUUCACCCAGAGGUCAGCCCAGGGCCCACUGACACUGAGUACCUCUUUGAUUCCUUUUUCUCACUGAUCAAGAAGGGAAAAGGUGCCACCAUAACAUCAGUUCUGCCAAAGCCAGCUCUAGUGGCAUCUCGAAUUGAAGUUUCGAAAGUCCUUAUUCUAGGAUCAGGAGGCCUGUCCAUUGGGCAGGCAGGUGAAUUUGAUUACUCAGGAUCUCAAGCUGUAAAAGCCAUGAAGGUGAGAGAAUAUGAUCUUUGCUAGA